GAGAGAGAGAGAGAGAGAGGCAGAGAUGGGGAUUGAUGUAGAGGUGGUGGAGCAUUGCGAGAUCAGUCCAGCCACCGGAGAGUUGGAAGAGAGGGAGGUGGUGGAGGCGGCGGUGGUGGGGUUGAGCAUGAUGGACAUCCCGUGGCUCUUCUUCUCUCCCACCCAACCCCUCUUCCUCUACCGCUACCCCCACUCUCUCUUCCACUUCACCUCCACCGCCCUCCCUCUCCUCAAGCUCUCCCUCUCCCGCUCCCUCCUCCUCUCCUUCCCUCUCUCCGCCCGCCUCCAUCUCCACCCUUCCCCUCCCUUCCUCCUCUGCUCCUCCUCCCACACUGUCUCUCUCACUGUUGCCGUUGCCGCCGCCGCCGAUGCCGAUGCCGAUGAUGAUGAUGUCUUCGACCGUCUCUCCACCCACCACCCCAGAGACGCUUCCCUUUUCCACCCUCUUGUCCCUUCCUUGCCCGCCAUUCCCAUUUCCAAUUCCUCCUCCAACGCCCCCGUCCCUCUCUUCGCCGCCCAAGUGACCGUCUUUCCCAACUCCGGCCUUUGCCUCGGCCUCGCCUGUCACCAUGUCGUCGCCGACGCCCGUACCUUCAACCUCUUCCUCAAGGCCUGGGCCUCCCUCUCCCGCCAGCUUUCCUCUCCUGCUCCUCACCCAUCGUCGCUCCGUGGCUUCUUCACCACGCCUCCCUACUACGACCGGACGGUCCUCAGGGAUCCACGCGGCCUCCUCCACAGAUUCCUCUCCGAGUGGUGCGGCUCCAAAUGGCAGUCCCCUUCUUCGUCAGACCAUGGUACUGUCGGUACUCCCGACAGGGUCCGAUCCACUUUUGUUGUGGGCACCACUGAAAUGGACGGCAUCCGAGAAUGGAUCCUCUCUCGGUGCAACUCCGGAAAUCUCUCCCGCCCACCCCAUUUGUCUCCUUAUGUUCUCACCUGUGCAUUCCUUUGGGUCGUUUGGGUGAAAGCCCAUUUCUCCCUUCAGGCCCACAACAAUCCAAAACCCAAUCUCUGCAGCCCGGUUUACUUCGGAUUCAUAGCGGGCGGCCUCACCCGCUUGGGCUAUCCGGUACCCGCUUCUUACUUCGGCAACUGUGUUGGGUUCGGCCGGGUGGAGGCCACAGCCCACGAGCUGGUGGGAGAAAAUUGCAUUGUGGUAGCAGCAAAUGCGCUAGGGAGCACGGUCAAGAGGUUGGACAAGGACCUUUUCGCAGAUGCGGAGCGUUGGAUCUCAGAUUGGAGGGCCUUCUCGGAGUCGGAACUCCACGUGACCAUUGCCGGGUCGCCCAAAGUGGACCUGUAUGACACGGAUUUCGGGUGGGGGAGGCCUAGGAAGAUAGAGGAUAUAUCGAUUGAUAAGAGCAGAGCCAUUUCUUUGCAUGAGAGCAGAGAUGGGGAAGGUGGGAUAGAAGUGGGGGUAGCUCUACCCAAGCCCCAAAUGGAUGCCUUCACCUCUCUCUUCACAGCUGGUCUCAAGGUCAUGAUGAUGAAGCAAACGGCGCUCCCAAAUCCCAAUCCAUAGCUUUCUUCAAGUCUCCAUAUGUGGUGUCGUUGGCCACCUUCCAUUGUUUUCUCACUGAGCUCAUGUUGUGCUAUUCCACGAAUAAGG